AGACUGCAGGUAGAGCAGAGGUCCUGAUCAGGGGCAGGGCGCUGGCUCAUGUGCUCGUGUACGGCACGGUUUCCCCGGUCUAUGGCAAUCAUGAAUCGGGAAGAGCAUUACUAUCCGCCUAACCACCUGUACAAGGACUCUUGUGCCUUCCAGAGACACCCCAACGAAGACUACAGCCAAAACCCUCCACCGUGUCUUUAUAUGAGACAGGCACAUUCAGUAUACGCCUCACCAUUGGGCGCACAGGACCAGCCAAAUCUUACCGACAUUACUUCUUAUAACAUGUCGAGCCGGUAUGAUCUGGCAGGGCCUCAUCUUCACCUUCCCCAAACUUCACAGACAUCUCUACAGUCGCUCGGGGGUUACGGAGACUCUCUGGACCUCUGCGGGGAUCGGAACAGAUACCAUCUCCCAUUUCCGUGGAUGAAGUCAACCAAAUCUCACACGCACGCAUGGAAAGGACAGUGGACAGGCCCUUAUAUGGUCGAGGCCGAGGAGAACAAGCGCACGCGCACAGCUUACACCAGAGCGCAGCUGCUCGAGCUCGAGAAAGAGUUUCUCUUCAACAAAUACAUCUCGCGCCCGCGCCGCGUUGAACUCGCACUCACCCUCAGCCUCACCGAGAGACACAUCAAGAUCUGGUUUCAGAACCGACGCAUGAAGUGGAAAAAAGAGGAGGACAAGAGGAGAGCCAGGGGAGUGGAUCCCGAACAGGACUCCUCCAUCACGUCCGGGGAUCUUAAGGAUGAAUCUUGCGUCGGCACGGCAACACUUGCGGGACCCCCUUCCCCCCUGCACCCGCAUGCACCUUCAGUCCAACAAGACUCUUAAACAUAAGACUGUGACACGAGUUGAACUAUGUAUGCAACGGCAACCAGUGGCAAAAGACUGACAGCAGUUGUAAAACUCCAAUAUGUACAGUGCUAGCAAACAGAUUGGCAAAAGGGGGCGCUCUCGAUUGCCGCAUUUUGGACAUUGUUUGAAGGUUAUGAAUUUUAUAGAUGAAGUAUGAAUAAAUUCUUAAUUUAAAAAAAGAAAUGGGUAAAUACAACAACAUCUCAACAUUUAUCAUAUUUAUAUAGUUACCACGAACAUUAAAGUGAUGUGA